GAUUUUAAAUAAGGGAAGUACCCUUGCUGAAAAGUCGAGUUUCGCAUUCGUAGGAGACUAGGAGUUUCCGGUAUUUGAUUUAACUUGUGGGUGUUGUUUAAAAGCUUGGAUGAUCUAGCAAGCUAGUGAUACUACAUCAAGAUUACCUGUUAAAAAACAGCGCAGUAUGGAUGCUAUUGAUAAAUAUACUUCAAACCGUCAUGAGAGCAGAAUCGGCAGCGGUGGAUACGGAGUCGUUCGACUUUGUCAUCAUAAAACUCGUGGCAAGGUUGCCGUGAAAUGUACAUUGGUGGAUGUUAAGAUCCGUCCUUCUGAAGAAUUUUUUGAAAAGAUUGAAAGAGAAGCUGAUUUCCUAACAAAGUUUGAUCAUAAGAAUAUUAUCAAAUUUCUUGAGUCCGUUCGUUGGUCUACUGGGGAAAAAGUUAAUUUGGGUUUGGUGGUGGAAUACAUGGAGCAUGGUAACCUACAAGGUUUGUUGGAAAGUGAACUCAGGACUAAUUCCACAGAAGAUAUAGAGAAAAGGGAAUUGAAGUGGGGCUUAAGGCUAAGAAUCUUGCAUGAGGUAUGCGAGGGCCUUGUUUAUUUGCAUGGCUAUAAAAAGGGUUGCACUCAUGGAGAUAUAAAACCUGAGAAUAUUCUUCUGGAUGAACAGCUUCAUGCCAAGAUUGCUGAUUUUGGCACUGCAGAGUUUAUACUGUCUACUCAAGCAAGUUGUCAUACUACUUCCAACAGUAAUCCACAAGGUCAAGGUUUAGGACACACACUUGCAUAUGUUGCUUCAGAAGUAUUGAAAAAAUGCCUGGCUGUGAAGAAACCAUCUUCUGACAUGUUCAGCUUUGGAAGUCUAGCAUAUGAAGUAGCAACCCGUCAACACCCAUGGGAAGGAGCCAAGGUGGAUCCUAAAAUGAUAACUCAACUAAUCCAACAAGGAGUGCAUCCCACACCCCAAGACAAAUUCGAAGAAUAUCUGGAUGAAAAUAAAGACGCCUUCACAGUCAAGGAGGGUGAAAUUUUAGAGAAAUUAACAAAAGUGUUGGAGAAGUGUUGGUAUAAAAACCCCAAAGAAAGAAUCACUUCCAAGCAAGCAUUGGCAGCUGUGAAAGAACUUAUUCAACUUAAUGGUGAAAAUGAGGUGGAUAUUGCUUGCCACGUUAAAGAGAUAAUUGAAGAGAAAAAAAAAUCUCUUCCUGCCCCUACAAAGAAAGCACACCAGAUUCCAUUAAAGUUGUUCAGUUCUCCUUAUGAUACUGUUAUUGAUGAUAACCUUCCGCCCAGAUACCAAGAAGAUGCGCCGUUUGUACCACCAACGCCAACCACAGCAAGCUCUGGACCACAGAGAAAACUUACAGACUCACAAAUAUCAGAACUAAAGAGCUCACUUUUCAUGGUUGGUGGUCACGCAUCUAAUGUGAUAAAACAAGUGUUCAAAUUUACACCUAACCUCAGGCGGCUGAAAGAAUUUACGAAAUUAACACAGAAACGAUGUGAGUGUGUUGCCCUGCAACUUGGAAGUAAACUAUGUGUGUUUGGUGGUGUGAUGGGUGCUCACGCACUUAACACAGUCGAGUGCCUUGAUCUUAGUGUGAGCAAUUCUUCUUGGGAAAGUCUUGCCCCGAUGCAUGAGUGCAGGUAUCAGGCAGCUGCAACUGUAUUGAAGGGAAAAGUUUACAUGUUUGGUGGAAAGAAUGAAAAAGAUGAAAUAUUGAACUCAAUUGAGGUUUACGAUGUACUCACCAACGAGUGGACGAUGUUGAAACAAAAGUUGACUGAGAGAAGAUAUGGACAUGUUGUGUUUUCUCUUCAUGAAGAAUUCAUUGCUUGCUUUGGUGGCAAAAACUACAAAGGAGAACCACUAGACACUGCAGACCUCUUCCAUCCUGGAAACAAAACUGUGACACCUUAUGACAAACCUAUGCCAGAAAAACGCAGUGAAAUGGCUUUGGUCUGUUUAGAUGAACAUGUCCUACUUUUAGGGGGUAUUGUAUCCACUGGAGAAGGAAAGUUAAAAGUGAUGAAGAUUACGAACACAGUUUUAUCGUUUAACCUAAAAGAACAGAAAUGGGACACCCACAGCUCAAUGGAGUACCAAAGAUGUUCAUUUUCUGCUGGUGUUAUUGAUAACACUGUAUAUGCAAUUGGGGGGGUCUUAUGCACAGCUAGUGUCCUCGACUGGCAAAAACCUUUACCGCAGUGGCCGCAGCGAAACGGUUUCUCUUUGCUGUGAAUAUACCUGCAAAAUAAACCGAUUAUUUACUAAGUUUUUUAAAGUUAAAUAUAUGUAAUAAAUGUGAAAAUAUAAAAAAAAAUCACCCACAAAAUAACUGCCAGAAUAUAGAAGACUGAAAGACUGUAUACUGUUUUAUGUAUAUGUAUAUAAUGCAAUGUCGCUAUACGCGCCCAGUCAAAAUGGCGCUUGGUGUACGCGUGAUGACGACACAACAGCUGUAACAUUUUUCGCCUUUUUCUAUUCUUCUUGUAAUUUGUAAUUUUAUAUUUUGUAUAUAUUCUUAUAUUUUUGCAUUUAAUAAGAAGUCUCCUACAGAAAUGUAAAUACUAGAUUUUCGUAUAUUCGGUGAACAGAAAUACUUUUUAUACAUUUAUUGCAAUCCCCAAUUCAAAGCCAUAAAUAAAUAAUAUAUGUGAAUUAAUUAAUUCAGUUAUUUAAAUGUAUAUACUGGUAAUAAUUUAGUAAAAAUAUACCGCACGCCGGACUAUAUAGUAAUAUAAAUAGGCUCCACAGUAUAGCGUUUCUAGAAAAUGUCGCCCGUGCUGUCGAUAAAUAGUAGGUGAGGGGAAGGUGGGACAGGUUUCUCUUUUCUCGUUCUCUUUGAUAAUUAACAAAAAAAUGUUUACUUAAAUAUAAAAUCCUUGCGACUAUAAAAGAGCGUUGUUAAUUGUUUAAAACACGAUCAAGUUAUAUGUGAUUAUGUGUUAACGGUAUUCAUCCUACACUGCUGGUGUACUAUAUAACUUCUGUAUUCCUAACUCCCCGCGCGGCAUGUUUUAAAUUAGCAUAUAUAUGAGGUAAAGCGCAUGUUGCGUUUAUCACUGUAUAUGCUGUCUGUGUUUGGCAAACAUUCAGCGAGUGCCAAUACAGUGAAUGAAUGUAACUUACUUUAUACUCGACCCGGACACAACACCUUAUCAUUUUAUUUUCUCUCCCCAUUUGGCAGAAAGCAAAGAAAAUUAAAGGAUUAUAAAACUUCUAUAGACCGCUGUUAAUUGUUUAAAACAUGAUCUGGAUAUUGGGAUAUUAUGUCCCAAACGUGUCCCGUCUUUCCCCACACCGGCACUAUAUAUUAUUCUUAGGCCUGUAAUAUUUUUUUUAUAAUAUAGAAUACGAUUAAGCUGUGUACACAUCUUUCCCAAGCAUACACAAUAACUACUAUAAACCAAACUGUUUUCAGUAUUUGUUCCCAAAAAAAAACAAUAUUAAUCACGCCGUUAGUUAUUAUGUUUUAUAUUAUUUAAUGACUUCUGCAAUCAAAGAUAGCAGAAACUCGUGACUGUAAAACGUUACCUCAGUAUAGUGGUGUAUUUGCGUGUAAGUUUAUGAAUCAAGACUACUAAUAUUGUUUCUUUCGUGUGUUAAUUAUAAUUAAGUUUAUAUUAAAAACUCAAGAUGCGACUAAUGCGCAUUUCAUAGCACGAACAAAAAUUAAGUGCUUAUGUGCUUGAUGCAAUUAAUGCAUUGUAUAUGACGUGCAAAAUAUACCAUAGCGACCCCAGCAUGUUGAUAUUGAUUUUCUUUUUAAAUGAAGUCAUUAUUUAUAAAGCGCAACAUAGAAUACGAAUUUUACUCACAAAAAAAACAUUAUCAUUAAUUUUCCAACUGUUCUAAUCCGCGUACCAUUUUUAUUUUCUUACAACUUCGCGCCAU